CGACAUGAAGGAAUCUGGAUUAUGCAGGAUAGGAAUUUGUUUGGUGAUCACUGGCAGUGUGACUACAGGUUAUAAAUUCAUCUUUGGGAAUGGUACCAAACUCACUGUACAACCAAAAGAACCAGCUGAUCCGAAGUACUAUGAGCUCCAAAAAAAUGAAACAAAAGCCUGCCUGGCCACCGACUUCAGUUCACACAAUGCAACGGACGGCAAGGCACCUUUCAUGGACCACAUGAAAUUGGAGGCUACCCGUGUUGAAGGUGACAAACACUUCAGCAAAGCAGUCAUCGUGCCAGAAGGUUACAGCUGUCCCACAUCAGGAUCAGUUCAGAAGUGCACAGCCGAAGAUGGAUAUGAACCAGAUGCAAAAAUGAACUUUUUGUCUCUGAGUGUUCUGUGUCUACGCAUCCUCUUCCUGAAAACCAUUGUGUUCAAUGUCUUGAUGACCAUCCGGGUCUUUAUGAGAUAACCGUGCUAUAGUCAUCAAAAGAAGACGUCUGUUGACCUGCAUGGCCUGUGACAAAUUCACCGUCAACAACUGACAUGAUUGUCAGCAUUUCACAUUUGAUCACGUAAUUUAGCAGACAUUUGUGAUGAUCUUAUGCAGUUCAAUGGAACCAUUCAUUCAGUUAUUCAUUCAACCAUAGCAAACCAUCAUAUCGUCAUGCAAUGCUUAUUAUUUACCCAACUAAUGAGGCUAUGCAGUGUACAUAAAAAAAUAGAGAAUGCCAGUUAUGGUGCCAUGUUGUCAACAUGUACUAGUGUAUAUUGUAAUGGCUGCUUCUUGUAUUUUAUUACUUAGGAGUUUUAUUCACUUUUAUUCAUUUUUGCAGCUUGUUAUUAUUUCAUUAUAUAAAUGAUGUAACAUGGUCCUCAGUGUCUGUAA